GUUUACUUCCUCAGUUAGUCUUUUCCGAAGCGCAGCGUCGUCGUCUUCCUCAUCGCCGAUUUUCCGUUGGAGAUUCUCAGUAAAUCGUCGAUUAGCUCGGUUAAUUCGACAAUUUGAGAUUGUUUGAGAUCAAUCAUUGUCUAAGCUUCGGUUCGCUUCGUCUUCCCGUUUGAGAUUCUGUGUAAAUCGUCGAUUAGGUUGCUGAAUUCGCGAAUUUGAGAAAAUGGGGUGUUGGUAUUCAAAAUUGCACAGAGAACAGAUGAUCUCGAGAUGCAAGGCUAGAAAAAGAUACAUGAAGCAGUUUGUUAAGGCGAGGCAAGCCUUCUCCGCCGCCCAUUCCUUAUAUUUAAGGUCGCUUAGGGCCACCGGAUCCGCCCUACUCCGGUUUGCCACCGCCGAGACAACUCUCCACCACCUCCGGCCGCCGGUUUCAUCACAAAUUCCCGAACUGAGCUCCGCUCCUUGUGCCACCAAUUCCACAACGAAGACCUCCACAACUCCUCCGCCGCCGCCGCCGGUGGCAUCGCCUUGGGACUUUUGGGAUCCUUUUACGCUAACUACGGGACGAUCUAUGGAUGAGGGAGUAUGGAAUGAGAGCGCUGGUGAUCCUGAGGUGCUGGUGGUCACCGCCAGUCCUGCCGGAUCACCGUCUGCGGACACCACCACCGAGAAGGCGGUGGUGAUAUCUAGCAAGAGUAAAGAUCUGGCAGAGAUCAUCAAGGAAGUGGACGACUAUUUUUUGAAGGCUGCCAAUGCCGGUACUUCACUCUCACUGCUCUUGGAUGUCCCCAUUUCUGGCAAUUGCCAAUCACUCUCAGGCAAGAACAGUGUAUAUGCAAAGGGUUUGGGUCCGCUACUGUGGACAUGGGGUUCAGGAAAUGUAAAAUGGAAUGCUUUUGGGAAGUUUUGCGAAGAUUAUACUGCAACAGAAAACAAAGUGGAUUGCCUGGCUACUAAUGGAAAUGAUGCUACUCAUAGUUCGACAGUCGAGAGGUUAUAUACAUGGGAGAAAAAACUUUACCAGGAGGUUAAGAAUGCCGAGUUUCUGAAAUCCGAGCAUGAUAAGAAGAUAGCAAGUCUCAGGAAGCUAGAAAUGAAGGGUGCUGAUUACCUCAAAACUGACAAGGUCAAAAAAGAAGCUGAAAAGUUGGAAUCACAGAGUAUAGUUUCUUUGCAGGCAAUUGAGACCAUCUCUACUGAAAUUAUCAAAUUGCGGGAAUCUGAGCUUUACCCUCAACUUCUUCAACUUGUGGCGGGGUUAAUGAACAUGUGGAAAAGUAUGCACGAAGCCCACCAGUUUCAGAUGAGCAUAAUCCAGCAGCUAAAGUGUCUCAACUGCAUUCCGUCAUCGGAACCAACUUCUGAAAUUCAUCGCCAAUCGACCCUUCAGCUCGAGCACGAAGCACAACAGUGGUUAAUCUCCUUCUGCAACCUAAUCAAGUCUCAACGCAACUACAUUCAAUCAUUGAGCGGCUGGCUCCGUCUAAGCCUCUUCCAGUUAGGCACUACUCCACACAGCACCAAAACCAAGCUAGACGACGCCAUUUACGACCUCUGCGAAGAGUGGCAGCUCGCCAUGAACAAUGCUCCUGAAAAGACAGCAUCAGAUGGGAUUAAAACCUUCUUGUUAGUGAUCCACGACAUAGCAGUCCGACAAGCAGACGAACAAAAACAAAAGAGGAAAUCAGAAUCAGCAUUCAAGGAGCUCGAUAAAAAGGCUGACGACCUUCGAUCUUUGGAAACCAAGCAUGGCCUAAUCACAACGAUACCAGAAACCAUCCACGAAACAACCAACACCGAAGAUCCAGCGCGGGUUAAAGGAGCAAAGAUGGUCGCCUUAAGAGCAAAGGCAGAGGAAGAAAGGGCUAAGUACGAAAAGCUGAUUAGCGAGACAAGAGCCUCGACAAUGAGCAACCUGCCCAUGGGAUUAUUACAUGUAAUCCAGGCAAUGUCUGGUUUUGCAAACUCGAGCAUGCAGGCGUUCGAAUCUGUGCAUAACCAGGCGAAAAGCGCCGAGGAUCUGCACAAUUCAUAAUAUCAUUUUUCAGCUGUCUCUGCAGUCAUCGGCUGGCUGGUGGUUUGUGGAAUGCACUGCACAGAUCACAUUUUGUUCGGGCAAGCCAAUUGAAUGAAGGUCAGUUGUUUAAAUAACUUUGAACUAAAUUGGUAGAGCUUUGGAUUGGAUUUUAUAGUUUUGAUGGUUUAAUUUAGUUGUAGUGUGAAUCUUGGAUUGCCCUUUUUAUAAAGUUUAUCCUAUCAAGUUUUUUAUGGCA